GCUGGGAUUUGCGCAGGCGCAGAGCGCCUGCCGGCAGCAUGGCGGACCCAGCGGCUCAACGCAGCAAGAGAAAGCGCGACCCAGAUACGGAGGAGGCGGAAGCCCCCAGCGCAGAGAAAAAGGAAGCAAGCGUUGGGAAUGGCACCUCUACCCCUGUCCGCUUACCCUUCUCCGGCUUUAGAGUGAAAAAAGUGCUGAGGGAGUCUGCGCGGGACAAAAUCAUUUUCCUACACGGGAAGGUGAAUGAGGCCUCUGGGGAUGGGGAUGGAGAGGAUGCUGUUGUGAUCCUGGAGAAGACACCAUUUCAGGUGGAUGGGGUGGCCCAGCUCCUGGCAGGUAGCCCUGAGCUCCACUUGCAGUUCUCCAAUGACAUCUACAGCACCUAUCACCUGUUCCCUCCAAGGCAACUGAGUGAGGUAAAGACAACCGUGGUUUACCCUGCCACAGAGAAGCACCUGCAGAAGUACGUGCACCAGGACCUCCACCUGGUCCGAGAGACGGGAGGCGACUACAAAAGCAUCACCUUACCCCACCUGGAGUCCCAGAGCCUCAGCAUCCAGUGGGUGUAUAACAUUCUCGACAAGAAGGCUGAAGCUGACCGGAUUGUUUUUGAGAACCCAGAUCCCUCUGAUGGCUUUGUGCUCAUCCCGGAUCUCAAGUGGAACCAACAGCAGCUUGACGACCUGUACCUGAUUGCCAUCUGUCAUCGCCGAGGCAUCAGGUCGCUUCGGGACCUUAGUGCAGAGCACCUGCCGCUGCUCAGGAACAUCCUCCGGGAGGGGCAGGAGGCCAUCCUGCAGCGCUACCAGCUGAGGGCAGACCGCCUCCGCGUGUACCUGCACUACCUGCCCUCCUACUACCACCUGCACGUGCACUUCACGGCCCUGGGCUUUGAGGCUCCUGGCGCGGGGGUGGAGCGGGCCCACCUGUUGGCAGAGGUCAUUGAGAACCUGGAGCAUGACCCGGAGCACUACCAGCAGCGCACGCUUACCUUUGCCCUCAGGGCUGGUGACCCCCUGCUCAGGCUCUUGCAGGAGGCCCAGAAAAGCUGAGUUGACCCUGGGCUGUCAGGAUGAACAUGUGUGGGAUCAGGGUGUGGGAAGGAUUUUUAGCACCAAGAGAAUUUUUUUAAAAUAUGUUUUGUAUUAGCUUAUUCCUAGUAUGUGAAAAAAGUAUUGGUCUUACUCGGUGUGGACAGAUGGCAUGGCCUGGGGAGGCCAUGGUAAGGGCCAGUGGAGUGGACAGAAGCCAGCGGGAUCUUCUUGGGAAGAACGGCAAGUCCCUGGAGUGGCUUCGGCUGACCUGGAAGGGCGCCAAGGGCUUUCUCCACAUCCCUGUGCGCGCCAUCCUUGCUGUUUCCCCCUCUUUUCACUCCUUCCUGCUCUGCCACCACAUCCCUCUUCCUUCUUCCCAUUUUCUGUUCCUUCCUGGUGGUUCUUUAGGUCUGCGUAUUUGGGAGUUCCCCCAAAAACCCAAGUACGAAAAUUCUCUGGAAAAAGUUCAUAAUGUUUUUUUGGUGGUGCUUCCUCUUUCCCUCGCCAGCACUGAGGUCCCGUGUGCCCCCUGUGUGAGUCAGCCUGAUCGAUAACCUCCUUGUUGACAAGAAUGAAGGACUGCCGCCUGGAAGUGGGAGGGUUUUUAGUAAGAAUCAGAUAGUGCAAGUCCAGAAACGCCUGACUUGGCCUCUGCCAUUUGGUCAGUGAGUCCCUGGCCUUGAGUUUAUUAUCUAAGUGGGAAGACAAAACAAACUCACAUGGAAAUUAAAUACAAAACUGUAUCAACAAGGGCAGAAUGAUGUGGUUGCAGGGGAGUACAAAGCUCUGAGUGGUUUGGGUUCAAGGUGUUACCAGCAUCAUAGGUCCCUGGUUAUCAGAUUUUGAGGCUGGAAAUGGACUUCCGGUGUCCAAGGCUGAUGGCCUGUAGGGAGCCAUCAGGGGCUUAUCCGGGAAGGGUCACACCUCCCAGCACAGAGGACAGGUGUGUCACAUUGCCAGAGGGGCUGGCAUGUGUCAGUAGUCCAGGUAGGGCUGAGGGACCCUGGAUCUUGCUUCCUGAGGUUUUCUCAGGAGACAGGAUGUGGGGUUCUGCAAAGUGAUGGAUAGGUAGCAAGAGGGAAGCUGAGGCAGAGAGGGUGAUUCUUAUUCCGCAUCCUUGGACCGAGAACCAAGAGGUCUGGAUUCAGAGUCGAGCUCCUUCACUUGCAGGUGAAAGCUGUCAGGUGGUAACCCUGUCUGUCACGUGCUGCAGGCCCACAGUGCCAGGAGUUGCUUUUGGACCUCAAGGCCUCUGGACCAGAGACUCUCUAGAAAUGACAGGGAAGUGGAAUGUGUGGUCAGAAAGCACGGGCCUUAGAGAAGAGACCUGCCCCAGGCUGUAGACGAGGCCUCAUGACCCGGCUGCUCCUUUCCUGUGGCUCUUCAGAGUCCCAGGAUUCACGUGGUGACGAGAUAAGCAGGUAUAUCUCAGGUGGAGACACAGCAGGAUCUAUUUCAUGGCCCACCAUACAUCUGACCAGCUGUGUCCUGGAGGAAAAGCCAGUAUUCUUGUGGGCAGUGACACUGGUCGCUGCGGGGGUCUUGGGGAUAGGAGGCUGAAAUCCCGAGGUAUUUUCCCAGAGCAGGUUUCAGCUCGCAGGCUCCUCCCUGCAUCUUAGUUACUCCCAUCCCAGGCACUGCUGGGGAAUCCACCCUCUUCCCCGCUGGAAGUAUAGUUGGUACUGACAUAUAAGCCCCAUCUUCCCAAUCCCAGUGCUACGGAAGAGCAAAGCAAGGCCUCCCCCUAGAACAGUCCCCACCCACUGCCUCGUCCUAUGCUUCCACUGCCCUAGGCCACUCCUGGAAGGUAUGGGUCACAGGUCACAGGUCUUAACUAAUGUUCUCGUCUUCACCUUGUAGUUCUGACUCUUGCAAGAUGGCUGGUAGACAUUCGAUGGAUGGAUAUGUGACCCUAUGAGGAGGGAGGAGGGAUAGAUCAGGCUAGGGAGGCACGUCUGCAGAGGCAGGGCAUGCCUUCACAGGGCAUAUUCCAGGGCGGCGGGACCCCAUCUCCUGGGAGGUUCCUGCGCCAUUUUUGGCUCGGGAUUGGCCAUUUGUGAGUCUUUUCCAAGCAUCACCUGUGUGGAGUCAGGUGAGGCCCCACUCCUAGAACCUGAUCUGUCAAGGAGAGGGUACCCCCAGGGUCAGAUCCCUCCCCAGGGCCUCUCUGGGUGGGCAUCCCCUUCACUCCUCUACUCGGCUUUGUUUAUCUUCAUGGCAGUUCAGAAGGGGUCUGCUCUGCAGGCCUCCCACUCUCACCUUUCUUAGACACGGAGAAAGACUAGCUAGGGCUCCCCUGCAGAGCCAGCUGGACCUUCUGUUGCUGACUCUCCACCUGGUGGAGGAAGUUCCCUCCUGCCCGGUGCCGCUGCUCUCCCUCCAAGCCAGCCCCUUUGUCCUGAUCACCCUCAUCACCUUAUUCCACUUACGCUGUCCUGCUGGAGGCACUGGGUCAAUACAGGCCGUGGUGUUGAGUACUGUCCAGGCUCCAAAAGCAUACAUACCCUGAGUGCCUUCCUGGGGUCACCUUUUAUGCCAGACUGCUGCAUACCUGUUUUCAGGGUGGCUUCUGGGCUGUCUCUUUCUACUACAUUCAUUGAUUUGUCUGUCUGCCCCACUUGCCUGGAGGGUAGGUUAGGCUACUGUUGGACUCAAGAGUCAAUUAGGAAUUCGAAGUGUACAAUAAAGCAACCUCACCCUUAUUUUUAAAAUUGCUAUAUUACUGUGUCAUACCUGAAAACAGCCCAUCACUUCAUGGACCCUCGCACUGCUCCCCUGUACAAAGAAACUGCCUCAAGGUGUGCUGGGUCUGGCCCAAUGUCACCAGGUGAGUGUCAGCCCCAGGACAGGAGACUUCUGACUGUUUGUUCACCAUUUACCAGUAUCUAGGGCAGAGGGCAGUGCCUCUCUUCAGUGCAGGUUUAAUAAGCAUUUGACUCCGAAUUCCAGUCUCUUGGUUGUCAGGCCAGGGGAUGCUGAAUAAGGACCACCCCUCUCCUCUGCUUUACACUUCCCUUCUAUCACUUUGCAGAACCCCACAUCCUGUCUCUCCUGAGGAAGCAAGGUCUGGUAUCUCAGCCCCACUUUGACUAUUAGCUGAUGCCAGCCCCUCUAGCAGUGUGACAUGUCUGUCCUCUGUGCUGGAAAGAAUGCCAGAUGUUUCCUUGCAUGUCCACAAUGUGCGUGCUCGUGUCCUGGCUCUGCUGGAGCAGUGAUAGAUGUCACCUUGCCCAGAUAAAUCCUGGAUGUCUCCGUAGCUGGCCGUCAGCCCCCAGGACUUGGCCUACUUUCCUUCUGGCUUGGUUGGAAAAGGAAGGAGCAGUUGGACGCAUGACUGUACUGUUCAGGGCUCCUCUCAGUUUGCCCAAAAGUUUCCUCAUAGAGCAAAACUGCUGAGUGUUCUAUAUUAGUCAACAUUCCUUCAUGAAACAAAAACAACAUUUCAGAACAGUUGGGCAUUUAAGCUCCACUUUGCAUAUCCCUGUUCAAUAUAGAUCCCCAAAUUGAGAAACAAAUCAAGAAACAAUUACAUACGAAGCAACAUUUGAAAUUGUUUCUCUUGUAAUAUUUCCAUAUCCAAAACAUUAUAAUACUGUGUAUUUUAUUUCUGAAUAGUUUGAUAUAGGCCGGAAAACUCCUCUUCUCAGAAAGGACUAAAUCUUUAUUCCAAACAGUAUGGGUAACGUUAAAAUGUCUUUUCUUUUUUAUAAGAAGAGGGUGAUAGUGGUAGUUUUUUAAAUAUCCUCAGUUAGCAACAUAAGGAUUUGGCAACCCUAUGUUUUUUUAUUAUUACUGAAAUUACAUUGGAUUCUGAAAUCUCUUAAACUUCAAUCACCAGGUUUUAACCACUUAAAAAUUAAGCAUGGACUGAAUUUGUUUAAAGUGUUUCAGUUCAAUAAACAGGUUUUGAGGA